AUGCCUUCCGGUGUAUCAUCGGCGUCUGGCUCCUCUGUGCCGCUUUCUCAACUGAACGGUUGUAGGGAAAGAGACACUAAAAUCCCUUACAACCCGACAAAAUCUCCUGGCCCCCUUUUGGAUAAUAUGGUUAUACCUAGAGAGUAUGACUCCCCGGAUUCUGGCUCUUCGGCUGACAGUUUUGAAUUUCCCCCGGACAUCCCAGAUGGAGUGACUUAUGGUGAUCUAGCCUCACACAUAUCAAAUGUCGUCGAAAAUAUUAAUAUGCAUGCAGUUUCUAAAGGUGAAGGGAUCCUACAGGAUGCUGACGAUUCCGGUUUUAAAGCUAACGGCCGAUACUUUGAUUAUCCUAAUACCGAAUCUCUUGACUCAAAUCCGAAUGCCUCCACGGCUUAUAAAAAUUCCAGUCCACUGCAGUAUUGUAAUUCCUCAGCCAAUCGUAAAGGACCUUCAAAAACUUCCAAUAAGGACUCAGAAAAGAGCGAUUCAUCUGCCUACAGUCCCUCAAAGCAAAACCACAAACACGAGGAAGAACCACCAAAAGACCAAAAUUCAUUUCCUUCUGAUGUGGAUGAUGAAUUUGGGGAUUUCACUACUUUCUCCUCUGAGUUGGCCCCAACAACCGAGCAACAUUCGGCGGAUUGCGUAAAAGAAUCUGAAUCAGUGAACGACGAUUUCGCAGAUUUCUCCUCUACUGGGCCAUCAGCUCUCGAGUUUCAUUCAAGUUUAUCUUCAAAAUCUCUCGUGGGCAACUUGUUGGCUCACCUAGGCAGCGCCCUCGAGCAAGCCUUCAUCGUUGACUCUGAAGCACAUAUAAAGGACUUUUCCAAUUCUUCCCAAGUUAACUAUUCCCCACCACAGUUCUGGGGUUGUGAUUCGGGGAGUCCAGCGAACAGGCUUUGGAAAGAACUUAUCGAUCACCCUAGUUCGUUGAUGUACGUGUGGAAAGAGUCUUUUACAUACUCCCGCUACCUGCAAACGGUUGGAGUUGAUUUGCGCAGUUCUGUAAGUGACCUGAAUUUCUACAUGAUUUUUGUUCUCCUGCCGGCCCCCAGAGGCUAUGCCGCAAAUAGACUCUUCCCACAUACGGCCAUAUUUUUAUUGUCAGAGACACCUGAGCGGUCGGAGACCACUUGGAAGCGUUUCGUGUUGCACCCUAUAGAAGGCAUCGGUCUCACAAGAGCAUUGUUUGCAGUGAAUUAG